AUGAAGAUGGGCUUCCAAGCCCAGAAGGAAGUGACUUGUCAGGUUUCUAGUGAAAAGCUAUGUCAGCUGUCCUGGAUAGAACGAAGAGCAAUAAGGAGCAAAAUGGAAGGUCUUAGCCCCACUGCCCAGGUGCAGGCAGCCGGGCCACGUGACAACGGAGGCGGUGCCGCGAGCGCGCAGCCCCCGCCGCGCCCGGGCACAGCAGCUGGAGCGCCGAGUCCGGGCCGCGCGGUGCGGGCGGCCCGAGGCGAUGAAGAUCUGGAGCUCCGAGCACGUGUUCGGCCACCCGUGGGACACGGUGAUCAAGGCAGCUAUGCGCAAGUACCCGAAUCCGAUGAACCCGUGUGUGGUCGGCGUGGACGUGCUGGAGCGCGGCGUGGACAGCCGUGGGCGCCUGCACAGCCUGCGGCUGCUCAGCACCGAGUGGGGGCUGCCCGGCCUGCGCGAGCGAUUUUGGGAACCAGUAGGACUUUGACGUACAUCAAAGAGCGCUCCGUGGUGGAUCCAGCCGAAAAGAAAAUGGAACUUUGUUCCACCAAUAUCACACUUGCGAAUUUGGUGUCAGUGAACGAGAGGUUGGUGUACACACCUCAUCCUGAGAACCCCGAAAAGACGGUGCUCACCCAGGAAGCCGUCAUCACGGUGAAGGGGAUCAGCCUCGGGAGCUAUCUGGAAAGCCUUAUGGCCAACACGAUAUCAUCCAAUGCAAAGAAGGGAUGGGCUGCCGUCGAGUGGGUUAUCGAACAUUCCGAGAGCGCUGUAAGCUAACGGUCGGCUCGUGUGCCCUGGCGUGCAUGGCAGUAACGACGGUACUCCU